AUGUCAGCUGAGAAAAAGACACCGAAGGAUGUGCCGCUGCCCAGGUCUUGGACGAUCGGCAUCGCAGGUUUCUCCGGUAUAUUCGGCUGGAUUUUCACGCAUCCAUUCGAGAUGUGGAAGAACACCGUCAUGAUGGCCCCCAGCGGCUCUUCGCAGAUGGAUUGCCUGUGGAAGGUGCGGGAGCGCGGUCCUUUCAAGGGCCUGACGUCCGGCCUGCUUCGCCAGGCAGUGUAUGCGCCUGCGCGGCUCGGCUGCUAUCCCAUCUUCCGCGACGUGCUUAUGUCGGUGAAGGGCGGCAGUAGCGAUGCCACGCCGACGGUGCUGGACCGCGCACUCGCCGGCGCUCUCUCCGGCGCCUUCGCGAGCUUCCUGAGUUCCCCCGUCGAGGUGUGCCUCGUGCUGCAGACAACAAACGCCACGAAGCUUUCCGCACUCGAGGCAGCGACGCAAGUGUACACAGCGAGCGGCAUCAUGGGCUACUGGCGCGGUAUUGGCGCUCUCGCCUCCCGCGCCGCUCUCGUGGGCGUCUGUCAGGUGGCCGUGCACGACCAAAUGUUGACGCUCCUCCGUCGCCAAAACACACUGCGCUCCCAGCGAAAGGGCGUGGCUCCGUAUAAGGACAACCUUGUUGUGAAUGUGGCCAGUGUUUGCACAGCUCUGUUCUACGCGUUUUGCACAAUGCCGGUUGAGAUGGCGCGGGUGCGUAUGUCGGCAGAGGCACGCAAGGGUAAAUUGCCCAGUGGCGAGGUUGCGGAAACGAAGUACAAAAAUGUUGUUCAGGCGAUUGCCCGCAUUGCGAAGGAUGAGGGUGUGUUGGUGAUGUACGACUCGUUCCUGCCGUACUUCUGCCGCUGUGCGAUGCAUACAGUGAUUUGCUUCUUUGCGAUUGAAUAUUUGACACGGAGCGCCAAGACAUGGCGCUCUAAUCCACAGUGA